UUCUCCGGCAGCUGCACGCUCAGUCCCCCUCCGGGCUCACCUCCAGGCCUGUGUGCGUUCCGGGGCCGGGCGGGGCAAGACCGUGGGCGGCCCCGCCCACUCGGUGUCCAGUCCUCCGCCUGUCUGCGCCGCUGCUUUAGUCUCGGGCGGGUAAGAACCUGGUAUCCCUAGGGACUCCACUCUGUCUUACCGGCGGCCCAAGGCCCGGAGGCCCCGUCCCGCCCGGCUGAGCAGAUCCUGGGACCCGCGGAGGGUCGGCCCCCACAGGUCAGGAGCGGGUUGGGGACACAGCUUCGGGUCUUUCUGGACGGAGGGAGCCAAGGCUGCCUCUCUGCCCCCCAUUUCCAGACCCGAAAUCCUGUGCGGUUGGAUUGCCUGUGGGAAGUCGGGGUAGUGUGUGCGUGUGUGCAUAUUCUGUGGGCCUCGAGAUGGGUGUGUGUGGGAGUUGGUAGAGGCUCCAGUCCCACAGCUCGGGGUGGGUCGGGCACAAGGCUUGGCUGUCUCUGCGACCGUUAGUCACAAGCUCACCCACCAACCCGGAUCCAGAAAGGGCCCCUUAUGUGGUAAGUGACACAAAUGUACAUACACAUCCUUCAGGUGGCAAGGGUCACCACAGCCUCAGUGCCAGGCCCACUUGCCGACUGUGUGCUUUACCAUACACAUGGGCCUCUGGCCUUGUGGAGGGAAGUGAGUUUGGAGUGCCUGGGUUGGACCAGGUCGGAUGUGGAUGUGGGGGGAAGUGAGUUUGGAGAGCCUGGGUUGGACCAGGUCGGAUGUGGAUGUGGGGGAAUUGGAGGACCUUCCCCCAGGUCUCAUCUCUAUCCCUUUUCCAGGCAAAGUCCCCUCCUCUGCCCAGACCAGGGUCUCUUCCCCAGGCCUCAGGAGGUGGGUCUCAGCAGGAUCAGCCUUAUAAGUCCCAGAGGGAGCAGGACAGGGACAGGGAAGGGGUGUGGGCAGGGGCAGGGGGAGCCCUGGCCCCCGGUACCUCCUGCUCAUUCCCCCCUGAGCCUCCAGGGGCCUCAGGCAGCAAUAUCCCUGUCUACUGUGCCCUCCUGGCCUCUGUGGCCCUCAGUCUGCUUGCCUACAUGGCCUUCAAGUGCUGGUGCUCACAUAAACAAAGACAGCAGCUGGCCAAAGCUCAGACUGCAGAGCUGGGGGCCUUCAACAGGGACCAGAUGCUUGGGGAGAGCAGUGUCUUCUGGGACUCUCCUAGCAGCCUGGAGCCCUGUGUCCCCAGCCAGGGUGAGCCCCUUUCCCCAAACUGUAGUCCUUCACACCUACCUAGCUCUGCCCCACCACAAAGCCUGCCUAACCCUCAUGUGUCCCUCAUGUCUCCCAUCCCAGGGCUACAUCCUGAACUUGGCUGUCGGCUUUACCUCCAUCUCCCUUGGCAGCAGCAGGAGGAAGUGGAACAGCUCCUGGAGCUCCCUCGGCAGCAGCAGGAGGAAGUGGAACAGCUCCUGGAGGCGUCGGGUGAACCUGACAAAGGCUGGCGGGGCCUGGCGGGCCACCUGGGCUACCAGGCUGAGGCAGUGGAGACCAUGGCUCAGAGCCAGGUGCCAGCCUACACCCUGCUGAGGUACUGGGCUGUCCAAGAAGGCAGUGGUGCCACCCUCAGGGUGCUAGCAGAUGCGCUGGCUGUCCUGGGCUGUGAAGAUGUGGUCUGGGCCCUGGGUCCACUGGCUGAGGACUGCUCCGUGGUGUGACGCUCCACAGCCUGGCCUCUCAGGGAACCUGCUCUGGUGCUCCCACCACCCCCAGCUCAUACACCUUCCCUUUCACGGGCUUCCUGGCAUUGGUGACCUCGGCCUGCUGUUCUGGGGGGACACGGAAGAUCCAGGCACCACUCACCUCCCCUCGCCCUACAUUCCUCCAGGACAGGGACCAGGAUAUUGGGGGGAGGGGUUGAUAGUGAGGAGCAGUCCUGCUCUCCUGAUCCCCACUCCACCCCCUCUUACUUAGCCUCAACUGUUUUUUCUACUUUUGUAUCCCAUAUUAAAGGCAACUUUGGACUACU